ACUAAAUGGAAUCCAAAGCAAAAGUAUCUCUAAGCUUUGUCUGACUAGUAUGCCAAGAUAUCUUCGAUUCACCUUACACGCUGAAGACCUGUGGUCAUUCCUUCUGUGAAAAAUGCCUGAUAAAGGUCCAGAAGUUCUCUAUUCUUAAGCCAAACUAUUCUCCGAACUAUUUUAGGUGUCCUUUGUGCUCUCGAAUUACAGAUAUACCAAGCGGAGACUUCAAACAAGACAUUCCUUAUGCUGAAGAGAUAGAGCUAGCUAUCAGGGAAUGGAGAGAAAAGGAGUUCAAACUUGACGAGAAAUAUUCUGUUGCUGACAUAUGUAAAAACCAUCUCAAAAUCCUUGAAAAGUUUUGUCUUGAUGAUAAUCAUUUCAUUUGCUGGAUGUGACAUAAUUUCAACUACUCAGAUGAGCACAGGGGGCAUAAAGUAGUUGGACUUCCUGAAGCCUAUCAAAUUAUAAAGAAGCAAUCCAUCGCUAACCUAGAUCUUUUGGAAAGAAUGAAGAGAAUUGUUGAUGAUAGGAUCAAAUAUGCAUCCAAUUGAAGACAUAUCAUUGAAGCUGAUUGAAACAAUGCAAAGAUUUCUCUCAACGAAUACAUUGACAAAAUCAUCAGUGAUCUGAACGCUCUCAGAGAGAGAAAGAUACAGGAGCUUGAUGAAGAACAUACUGAGAGAGAUGCCUACAUGCUAGAAAACAUUGAGUCCCUCGAAGCUCUUUCUGACGAAGUCCAAAAUUUGUUGAGGGACACCCCUGAGACCCUUCACGGAGUGUUAAAAUAAAUAUAAAUCAACGACUGGGUUCAUCAAAACUCUCACUAAUAGCAUUAUUUUUCCCACUCAGACUGAUGUAAACAUCAAACUUGAAAUACCAAAGUAUGAGAAGAUCAAAAGAAUUAUUACUGAAUGUGAAACAGCAAUGACUGUCUCCUCAGUAGGGCUUCCUGAAAAUGUGAUUAAACUCAUAAACCCUCUUAUUGGUUCCAAAAUUAUCCCAGAAAAAGAGCAGACAGAUAUGAUCCUGAACGUACUCCCUAAUUUCAAAUCCGCAGAGCUUGCUUACAGACUGUCUGAUGAUAAAUUUCUAGGUCAGCAUUUCAGAAACAGGGUGUAUAACAAAGGCCCAACCUUGACAAUCAUCAGUGCGAACAAGGGGCAUAUCUUUGGUGGAUAUAGUCCUAUCUCCUGGACAGAAGGAACUGAUAACAACUGGAGAACAUCUGACGAUAGUUUCAUAUUCACUUUAACAGAUAACCAAGGAAGGCAACCUGAGAAGAUAUUCCUGGAGAAGAACAGGCAAUCAACUGCUCUUUUCCACUCCAGAAUCAGCUACGCGUUUGGAAGUGGCCAUGAUUUGAGUAUUAAUCUUAUCGACCUGAAGAGAUGAGAGUCAGCGUUAUUCUCCUAUGCCAUGCCGAAAUCAUCAACGACUGAUGCCAAUAAGUUCUUAGCGGGAAGAAGGGAUAAAUGGGAUGUAGAUGAACUAGAAGUAUUUUUGAUCGACAAGCCAAUAAACCAGAGUAGAUAUGAGAGCAUGCAGAAUUCUCUCCACUAUAUUGCUAAGAAAGCAAUGGUGGAAGAUGGUCUUCUGUCCAAAGAAGACGCAAAAGCAGGCUUCUUUGAUUUUAGGAAGGAAGAAGAAAAGCAAGAUCAACAAAAAGAAGAGGAGAAGAAAGAAAAAGUUGUUAAAAGCUAUCACAAUGAAGAAAAGUUUGAUGCUGAAUUACCUGAAGAGCAAGACUCAAUUUUAGACCACUCAUUCCUUUACAAAGAUCUUAUAAAGGAUGAACAUUUAAUGACUAAGCAAGAAGUCAUUGAGCGAGACAGGGAGGAACACCAACAGAAAAGCACUUUCCUCCAAAGUGAGCUCUAAUCUGCUGUCAUUUAGAAUGACAAAUUUCUUAAAUAAUUUGUGAG